AACCUUACAACUCUCCACACUUAACAGACUGCAGAGCAACUUUCUACGCGUGUGAUUUCCCUGAGCAUGAACAUGAACCAUCCGUGGCAAGUGGAACCCUGGCAUGUACGAGUUGCCUUCCGCAAGGCUGGAAUCAUUGUUCCUGAGAAAGCUCUGACGCUUCCUGCCAAGCCGAUCACUGGACCAGAUCUUGAUUUGCAGGAAAAGGAGUUCCUUGUAAAAGUGAAGAUCAAUGACAAGGAGGAGGCGAAAGUCCGUUGCCGUAUUAACCAUUACUCAGUCAACCCUCGUGAACGUAUACCUUGGAAGGCAUUUCACUGGGAGCAUGUGGCAGAACCCAAUCUUUCCAGAAGAGGCUGAGGAGUUAUUGGCCCUUGCACAGGAAAAUCGAUACACGAGGUUCCCAGAACAAGAGGAAGAGACUAUGUAAAAGGCUACAAGAUUCAAGUUGAAUGCGAAUGUAC